AUGUCCAACCCUCAAUUCACGUUCCGCCAAACAACCUUCACCUACCCGUCUCUCCUCCUGACCCGCCGCAACACAGUCUCCCGCACGACCCUCCACACCCAGCUCGCCCAGCUCCGCGCAAACGGCCAAUACGACGCCUUCAAGCUCAAAUGGCACCCCAUCUACGACGAUAACUCCCGCUGGCCCGCGCCCCUCCACCUCUUCUGGGACAGCGACGUCGCCAAAUGGAUUGAGGGCGCCUGCUACUUCCUCGCCGAUGAGUACGACGCCCGCAUCGACGCCGCCGUCCGCGAGCUCGUCGCCAUGAUCCGCGCCGCCCAGCACGACGAUGGCUACCUCAACAUCCACUUCUCCGUCGUCGCCCCGGGCCAGCGCUGGACCAACAUCCGCGACAUGCAUGAAAUGUACAACGCUGGACACCUCAUCGAAGCAGCCCUCGCGCACCAGCAGUACUACCGCAACGACCUCCUCAUAGAGCCUCUCGCAAAGUACAUCGCCCACAUCCGCGCCCGCUUCGGGCCCGGCGCCGGCCAGACGCGCGCGUACCCGGGCCACCCCGAGAUCGAGCUCGCCCUGCUGCGCUUCCAUUCUGCCACCGGCAGCCGCGACGCCUACGACCUCGCGCGCUUCUUCCUUGAGGAGCGCGGCAACCCGCGCGGCCAGGACGGGCAGCACUUUUACGACUGGGAGGCCGCGGUGCGCCGCGACGACGAGCCGCGCUGGAAGCGCCCCAACUCGUGGCCCAUGGACCGCUCCUUCUGGUACUGCCAGGCCCACGCGCCCAUCCUGCAGCAGGACACCGUCGAGGGCCACGCCGUGCGCGCCAUGUACCUCCUCACCGCCGCCGCGGACCUGCUGAACCUCUCCCAAGGGGCCUCCCCGGGGACGCCGCAGGAGCUGGCCGAGGCCGACGCAUGGCUCGCCGCGCUGCGCCGUCUGUGGGCGAACAUGGUCGACCGCAAGAUGUACCUCACGGGCGGGAUCGGGGCGGUCGCGCAGUGGGAGGGGUUCGGGAUCGACUACUUCCUCCCGCAGGGCGCGGACGAGGGCGGCGGGUACGCCGAGACGUGCGCGAGCGUCGGGGUGAUGAUGCUCGCGGAGCGGCUGCUGCACGCGGACCCGGUGCUGGACGGCCGCUACGGCGACGUGAUGGAGCUGUGCCUGUACAACAACGUCAUGACGGCCAUGAGCGCCGACGGGAAAGCCUUCACGUACGAGAACGCGCUAGCCAGCUGCGACACCGCGCGCAGCGAGCGCGAGGACUGGUUCGUGUGCGCGUGCUGCCCGCCGAACGUCACGCGGCUGUUUGGGAGCCUGGGCGGGUACCUGUGGGACUACGGGGAGGGGUUCGUGAAUGUUCACCUGUACACGAGCGCGGCGGUCGAGUUCGAGGUGGAGGGGGGGAAGCGGAAGGUGAGGUUCGAGCAGAGGUCGAACUGGCCGUGGGAGGGCAAGGUGGGGUUCCGGCUCGACGGCGCCGAGGGGGUGGACAUGACGGUGCGGUUGAGGAUUCCGGCGUGGGCCAAGGGGGACUUCAUGCUUCUUCCCGCGCCCAAGGUUGGCCAGUCCAAGGUGGAAAGGGGGUACCUCCACCUGGGCCCGGCGUACAUGGCCGAGAACCCGGCCUUUGCGAUUGUGAUUUACGGGUUCGAGCCGCGGUACAUUGCGCCGCAUCCGUACACGAACCAGCGGACGUUGUCCCUUGCGCGCGGGCCGAUUGUGUACUGCGUCGAGGAUGCAGAUAAUGAGUGGGAGGAGAACCACUUCAAGGACGUUGGCAUCAAGCGCGGCAGUGCGAUUGAGGAGAUUUGGAGAGUUGACAAGAUUAGGGGGGAAGAAUACUUUGCGCUGAAGACGACCGGUUGGGUCGAAUAG